UUGAUGGUUCAAUCUCUAAGCCAUCAAUUUCAGAUCCUGUUCUUCACACUGCCUGGAUCAGGAACAACAACAUGGUAAUCUCUUGGAUCUUAAAUUCUGUUUCUAAAGAAAUAUCGUCUAGUAUAUUGUACGAUGAAUCUGCCUCAACUAUCUGGUCAGAUCUUAAGGUUAGAUUCCACCAAAGAAAUGGUCCUCAUAUUUUUAAUUUGAGAAAAGAACUCAUGAAUCUGAAACAAGAAAAUCAGACUAUAAGCAUGUAUUUUACAAAGCUCAAAACUAUAUGGGAGGAACUAACAAAUUACAGGCCAAGUUGUAUUUGUCAUGGGUGCACUUGUGGAGGUGUUAAAAAACUUCAAGAACACCAUCACAUGGAGUACAUAAUGUCAUUUCUCAUGGGGCUUUCGGAUUCAUACUCUCAAGUUCGAGGAAGCAUCUUGCUCAUGGACCCAAUGCCGGAAGUAAACAGAGUCUUUCAUCUCGUGACACAAGAAGAACAUCAAAAAGGUAAUGCUUUUGCAAGUAAUGAUUCUAAUAAUGCCAUGGCUUUUGCUUUCAAAAGUGACAAGAAUUCUGCACCAAAGAAUGACAAUCAAAAAUUCAAGAAUCAUCCUCAAAAGAAAAGCAGACCUUUUUGUAGCCAUUGCAAUGUACUUGGGCAUACCAUAGAAAGGUGUUAUAAACUACACGGCUAUCCUCCUGGAUACAAUAAACGCAACAAACCUGAUGAAGCUGCUGCAAAUCAUAUACAAACCAAGGAUUCUCUCAACACAGCACCAUCGGAUAAUCAUGCUUUUCUGCCUCAAUUGACAACUGGUCAAUAUCAGCAAUUACUGAGUUUGCUCGCAUCUCAGCACAAUGGUACGAAUAACACAGAUCCAUCUACUUCCAUAGGUAACUCAGGACAAGGCCAACCAGAAGAUGAUUGGAAGGGGUAGAAAUGUCAAUGAUCUGUAUAUACUUGACACUACACCGACAUCAUCUUCAAUACUUACUGUUUCUGCUGAAACAUGGCAUUCACGCCUAGGUCACCU